AUGGCGGACCAACAGAAGAUUCACCUGGUUGCAGAUUUGGAAUCACCACCCACCGUGCCUCUUGUGCCUCCUGGCGCCCCAGCUUCCGACAAGGCCACUAGCCCUCUUCACCAUCAGGGUCGUCCCAUCAUCAUCCCCUCCCGGCCGCCGAGAACCAGAAGCUGCUUCUGCAGGUGCUUGUGCUGGACAAUUUGCCUCCUGGUGGUCCUACUACUUGUGGUCGGGGCCAUGGCCGCGAUCCUCUAUGCCAUAUUCCAGCCGAAACUUCCGAAUUAUUCGAUACAGAAGUUGAGGAUAACCAACCUGAGGCUCAACAUCGACUUGACCCUUUACGCGAAGUUUGAAGUCCAGAUCAAGGCCAACAAUCCGAACAAAAGGAUUGGUAUAUACUACGAGAAGGGUGGGUGGCUAGCCGUUUGGUACGAGAAUGACAAGUUAUGCCAAGGUUCCUUGCCCAUAUUUUACCAAGGUCACAAGAACGUUACUGAGCUCAGCGUCUGGUUGAGCGGCAAGACGAAGUCUGGGAGCACAUUGAUGAAUGCACUUCAGGAGCAGCAACGGACGGGGCAGAUACCACUGAGUCUGAAUGUCGACGCUCCGGUCACGGUCAAGGUCGGGAGGUUGAAGCUGAGGAAGGUGAGGAUUCUGGGAAAGUGCCUGUUGGUGGUGGAUAGUCUGAGUACCAACAAUCUGGCCAGCAUCAAGGCGAGUGACUGUAGUUACAGGUUGAAACUUUGA